AUGGUGAAAAUAACUGAAGUGAUUUGUCAUCCAAUUGAGACUAGAAGUUCAUUGCUUCUUAAGUUAUUUAGAUGUGAAAGAAUAUAUGAAGACGUUACCAUCAAUGUUGAGGAGGAUAUUAAUGGUAAACCAACAAAAAAUUUAGUUGCAUGUUACGAGCUGUUGAGAAAAACUUCUAAAUCUUUUUACUUGAUGAUCUUACAACUACAUCCAAAUAUUAGAAAUAUUGUUAUGAUUUAUUACUUGGUUUUAAGAGCAUUGGAUACUAUCGAGGACCGUCCAAAUUUGGAAGCAACAGAGAAAACUUCGUUACUGGAACAAUUUCAUCUGCAAUUGGGCGACGUUAAAGCUGAAUCUAAUGAGAAAAACUCCAUACUUGAUGGUGAGUAUUCGAUCAUUAAUCAAUUUCAGAUAGUUUUAAAUGAAUAUAACAAAUUAGAAAAAUUCUAUAAAGUUAUUAUCAGAGAUUCCGCUCAAAAGAUGGGGACCGGUAUGAGUAAAUAUCUUUUCAUAGAAAGCGACGCCAAAGAUUCCCUAAACACUGUAAAGGAAUAUAAUGAAUAUUGUCACUAUGUUGCUGGAGUUGUUGGGGAAGGCCUAAGCAAAAUAUUUGUGAAACUGCAAUUUAAUUUCGAUAAUAGUAAUCACCUCAUUAUUAAUGAAAGAUUAAAACUGUACGAACAUCUUGGUCUAUUCUUACAGAAGACAAACAUUAUUAGAAGCUUUCAUAAGGACUACGAGAAGUAUAAUAAGAGCUAUUGGCCACGUGAAAUAUGGAUAAAAUAUAUCGAUAACUCAAAAGAUGCUAAAUUGGCAACUAUUGAGGACUUAAUCAAUAGCAAUAAGAGAAUUGAUUGUUUAAAUGAGAUGAUCAUCAACGCAGUUUCAGACCACAUGAAAGAAAUAUUACUUUAUAUCAGUCUAAUUGAAGAACAAAGUAUCUUUGAAUUUUGUGCUGUCCCGCAAGUCAUGGCAAUAGCGACGUUAGCAAUGCUAUACAACAACGAUAAGGUUUUUACAAGCGACAAUGAGCAAUUAAAAAUCAGGAAAACUGAGACAGGCUAUAUUUUAUACAACUGCAGAACAUUACUCAAUGUCACGACAGCUAUAAAAUUCUACUUAUCACAGAUGUUGAAGAAAUCAAAAGGUAGCAACAGGAACGAUAAACUAGCCACAAUGGUAAUGGAACUAGAUGGGAUCAUUGAUUAUAAGAUGUUCCCAGAAGAGGCCAAAAAUCCGGUUACCGAUGGUGUAAGAGAGGACGAUUACAACAUCUUCUCCAAACAAAGGAACGAUAAAAUAGAUAAAAAGACAAAUGAAAUAGAUUUCAAAAUUGAAGAGAACAACUUCCUAAUGAUACUAUGGUUAGCAGCUAUCAUAAUUGCAGUUGCAGUGUAUUUUGUAUUUUUCUUCGAGCCACCAACCCUUCGUGUGCAUCCUAUUGACACAGAUCAAGCUUAA